UUUACAAUUUUAUGAAUGGUGGAGACAUGACAGAACAGGUGCCAUAUCUAUGGGCUAAUUGACAUGCGUAAUGCUUGCGAUUGCCUGGGGAAAACUUGUGGAAUAAGUAUUGGUAAUGUUGACAAAAGAAAUGUUGGAUUUACAAAAAAGCCUCAGAGAGUUGGUAGGGUGACUCAGAAAUGACUGAGUUAUAUUUCUGAAUAUCAACUUUUGAGUUGAAUUGACAUUUACAUAUGUUGAAGUUUUUUCGAUCUGAAAGGAAAUAUCCGUAUAAAAAUCAUUUUUGUGUGUGCUGCCUUGGGGAGGAGUGUGUGAAUGAUGAGAUUUUUCUCCGAUGUCUGAUGGUAUAUAGGGUGUAUUGUGCGCUGGUAUCUCAUUGUUGGACUGAUGUGGACUACUUUUUCCUGCCGGAAUCAUGUGUCGGAAGUGUACGCAUUCAGCGACAUCAUCCUUGGCAUUUCAUGAAUGGAGAAAACCUUCAUAAUGGAAUAUUUGCAGAUUGCUGAAUCGUGAAAUGGUCUGGACAGCAUCAUUUGGCAAAAUGUUUGAACUAUUUCAAUAAUGGCAUAAGCACCUCCUGGGAUUCAAAUGGUCAUCAAUUCAUGUUAAUCGUUUAUUGAGUUGAUUUGGAUGAAAUGGACCUUCUAAACGACUGUGAGUGCUGACUGAUAUGACACUUACAAACAUUAACAGGUUAGCAGUAAAACACGUGAUGUCAUCGUUUGAAGGACUCUGCAGAGCGAUUAUCAGACUUGCCACUUCUUGAACCACUGACUGUCUUAACUGUAUAUACGAGAAUAUCAGUUUAAAACAGUCCAUAGAAAGACUUUAUCCUCAUGACUCAUUUGGUUGUCAUAUGAAAAUCCCAACACCUUCUCUUCAGAAUAUAAUUGGUGAUAUUGACCAAGAGCGUACUCACACCAUGGUAGUUGCUAACUGUUCACCAAUGAAUGGAACACACAUUGACUUCAAAUGAAUUGUGAUAGAUGACUGAGUGUAUAUAAAACAUACGAAAUAUUGCUGCUCUGCUCAUGAAAAGAACUACAGAGCGUGGUAAAUGUACUUUACUAAAUAUCGAAAGUUCCCAUAAUGAAAUGUUGUGUGAACUGGCUAUAUAUACAAACAUCUUAAAGACUAAUUUAUCAAGGGAGCCAUGACGAUAGACUGGUAAGUGUCAUUAGCUACCAGACAAGAGUGUUGUGCCCAGCUGAUGGACAAUGUUUAAAUUGCUAAUGGUUCCUUCUCAAAGAGAAACAUUUGAUGAUUUCAUGGAUAGCGUUUGGAGUUAUUGAUGGUUCCUGAGAGUGGAUGUGGGCAGAUACGAAAGAUUAAGUGCCUGUGCCUAGACAACGGAUCAUGUAAAGUGUCAAUGGUUCCCUCUCUAAAACAAAAUAUUGACACUUUUAUCGAUAUUGGAGCACAGCCUAUGGAUACCACCGACAGUAGCUACGAAAGACAAAACACUUUUUCAUGACAAUGCCCAUCUUGCAGGCAAUCGUCAAAGUGUCUGUGGUUGAUCCUCAAAGACAAAAAACUUGACACUUUUAUGGAUUGUGUUUGAAGCUAUUGACGUUCCCCAAGAGCAGAUACCGUGCACAAAUUGAUUUCCCCGCACACUCCAGGCCGACUAUUGGAAUGGAGCAUGUUCAUUGCGCAGAGCCCAGCCGGUGAAGACACAAGAGGAACUGCUGAGCUCCGGCUUAAGGGGAGUGAAGCACAGUGUGUAGAACCGCUUGAUCAGUCUACGCUACAUUGCGUCUGAAAGACAUUUAGCUCUAGGCUAGCCUGUGUAGUAUUGGAAUUGGAAUCAAGCAAGCACAGAGAAACUGUUGGUGGUUCAGUGAGGAGUGCGUACUCUUGUGACAGAAUUUCAUUUCUGCCUCGUAUUUCAACGCUGGAACAUUGAUCAGCUGUGUGCCAUUUCUGUACAUUUCUGGUCAUUAUUGUAGGAUAACGCAGUAACUGGGGUCUGUCAUGUUUCAUCCAUUCAUCACUCAACUCUGUUCAUGAUCUGACUCCGUUUUAUCCAUUUUGCCAUUCAUGCAUCAGACAACAAGUCUGGCUAUAAACUCAACUGGUUUUUCAACGCAGGAUCACGAUUCAAUAGUCAGUUUUUUCAGUGCUGUUCAUGCGUUACCAUCUCUCAACUUGGAUCAGUAUGACAGUAAAAACAAGCCAGGACAAAAUCAAAAGGAAUUUCCAUGUCAUCUUUCAAGACAGAUCAGUUGUGGGCCAUCAUUCUAGAAUCUUCUCUGUGCGAUAAGUAUGUGAGCAGUAUUCAAGUAAGAACUGCCUAUUUUACAUUUCAUACAUCAUAUUGUACAACGAGCCCGGACUGAACUCGACAUCAAUUCCGUCUGCUGCGUGAAAGUCAACGAUACCUAGUAUUGGAAUUUUAAGUGUAGUAUAUGAUUCUGAACUGUAAGCAUGGUCUGAGUGUCUCUCUAUAUACCGGAUAUUGCGUCUAACUAAUAUCAAUACUAAUAUUGCAAUUCAUGUCAACAGUGAGGUACUUCGUCUAGGAUGCCAACUGAUUAUUGAAAUUCAUGUGUGGAUAUUUGUGCAAAGGUGAACCAGACUCUUGGUUGUACAUUUCUUUAGAUCAAUGAGGAGGUCAUGUAUAUUUCUUGAGCAAAAUCUAACUCACCUGUUACAGGUGUUCAGUAGGGCACCUAGCUCAAGGCUUGAUGGUACCUCAUAGAGUAUGGAGAUAUUCACGCUUUCGACUCGUUCAUCAUUGGAAUGACUCCGACUUUGGGAUUUCCACAUAUUUUGUUUUGAUAAAAACUCAUUGUGUACACUAUUUAGCCGUAGUCAAAACAACAUUGCCAAUUUCUUGAACAAUCUUGUCAAAAGUAAUGGUUUUGCACAGCAAUAUUAAGAACUUUGCUAUUCUGUUAAAUCAUUCUUGUCAAAGGUGAUUGAUGCGAACAGUUCUUUAAUUGAAUAGUCUAUUGCAAGUCGCUCUCUGUUGAAUGCGUUGGGGAUUGAAGCAUACUCCGAUGCACUGGUGAUUGUGUGUAACGUCUGAAAGGAGAACAACUCGUUAGAUUCUGGUGGAUAUCAACAUAUUGGCUCAUUCCAUCUACUGCGCGGCAAUUCUCUACGGAGAAGAAUACCAUGGACGCUCUCCUACAUGGAACAGUUUUGUGGAAUAUUACUCACUAAGGUAGGCGAGCGCCAGAUCAGUGUAUGGAUAUUCUACGUUAACUAAUUAGCAAUAUGAGUUACUCUGGCCUUGGAUACGAUUGAUUAAUGUAAUUGACCAUGGUUAGUUGUUGGGGAUACAUUUGAAAGAAGAGGAAAGUAGAGAAGUACUGUAGUGAUUAGUAGAGAAACCGAUCAAAGGAGUGCAACACUAUAGGAAUAAAGGAAUUCAGCAACGAAUACUCUACUGGAAUACAACAGCAAAGAGGAAUACACAAUAAACAUAGGUUGCAAUAGAGAUAGGAACACAGAGUCUGGUCAUAGCCAAGAGUUAAUUUCAACUUUGAUUUCUUGCUUGCGAUGAAGAAAGCUUAAAUCAGGAGAUUCAAUGUCAAGGUAAAGGUCUAUCAAAAGAUAACUCUGGUAACGCUUCCCCCUCAGAUGAUCGCUAACGUAUCAAGGGUAACUUAUUCUGACUUUGAUGACUUCAGGCUCGUCUAAAGGUCCAGUUUCUUUAUCGCCUGAUUAAUGGAUGGGGUGGAAUGCCAUGAACAUUAUAUCGCAUAUCUGUAGAAAAAACCAUACGGUUCAAGAUGAAUAAGUGAUCUUGCUAUGGGUUCUAGCAUAGGUAACCUGUGGAUAUACUACUGCUAGCUUUAUAGAAUGUACGAACAAAUGUGUACGAAACACAUUACAGGAUCAUCGGUUCGCUAUGAGGAAGUUUUGUAGUCUUAGAAUCAUCUCGUCCAGCUAUGACCAAGAAGGGCACACUUCUGAUAAACGUGAACACGCUCCAAUUUGUAUACCCUGCGUACGUCUUUCUUACUUGAUCAACACAUACUUAGGUCUACAGACGUUAUUUUGUCGAAGGAUAACUUGGCACCACUCAAAAGAUGAAAAGGAUGCAACUGCUCUUGUUAGCCAUCAAUCUGAAGACUUUAGCUCUAGAGCUGAUUCAAAGGACUUAAAGGGUGUUGAAGCUCAAUCUAAGGACUUAGAGGCUCAGUUUGAGGAAUUAGGUAGAUUUGAGGUGACUGUGGUCACUGAUCAGGUUAUGGAUAGGGAUACCAUGUCAUCAGUUUCAAAAUUGAAACAGGAUUUAGAAUUUUGUGAAUUUCGUGACGGCAUGGAAAAUAAGAUAACCCCUGAUGGAAGUAGUAAUUCAGAGUCGCCGGAAAGUUCUAAUUCUUCAAAUGCUUGGAGUAUGGAUAUAGAUAGCAUGGAUAGUGGCCGCGAUAGCAAUAAGAAUUACACCCUGGGUUGUGGUGCUACGAGUAGAGACAUUUCUGUUGACUCCGGUCAGGGUAAUUUGGACAGUUGCGAGGACUUGGAUAAUAGUCUGGCAGAUCAAUGUACAUUCCAAAUAAAGGACCCGAAAAUAUCAGAGGAUGUCAAUUUCAACUUAGGUCCUGGUGUUGGUGAUGUAGAUGUGCUAGUCAUGGAUGAUAGUAAUGUUAUAACUGAGGACGUUUUACCCGAAGCCAGGGACUACGAUGAUGGCUUGGAUGAUGAUCUCUUAGAAAGGAUCUUGCUUGAAUGUCUACGCAACGACACUCCAAUUUCUCCCGAUGCUAGUCCAGUUAUGGAGAAGUUAGUUUAUCCGUCUGAUCGUCAAGAUAUUGCAUCUGGCGCUGAACAUUGUGAUAGAAUAUAUUUUGCGCCCGAUGGUCAGCCGCUGCUCAGUCCAGGCGGACAACCUUUGCCCAAUCGUAGUCCAACGGAGGAGAAAUUAUUGUACUCAACUGGUGCGACCAGCGAGGAGGCCUCCAUGUACGAUGACAGUUCAUUUCUGGAGAAAAUGACUGGGGAUGCAUCAGAAUUAGUGGACGACGUGUUGUCAGACUCUGACGGGUGCGAAUCUGAGCGUUGGCCAGAUCUGCCAAAAAUCGUCAUCUUGAAAAGCACAUCGACAGAGUCUGAUGCAGAUGUAUUUUGUGAUGUGGUUGAUUGUGACGUAAUUGAGGAUAUUUUCUCGGACUGUAACGAAUCUUUGGAAUAUCAGAGCGAAAACAGUUCUGUGGAUGCAGAACAAGGUGAUAGUGAUUCCAAAGGUCAGUCUUCUGUUGAAGGUCAUUCCUCUGCUGAAGGUCGUCCUCCUACUGAAAGUUGUUCCUCAACUGAAAGUCGCUCUUCUGCUGAUAGUAACUCUCCUGAUAAAGCUAAUUCUUCAGCUGAAGGUCACUCCAGUGCUGAAGGUCACUCCAGUGCUGAAGGUCACUCCAGUACUGAAGGUCACUCCAGUACUGAAGGUCACUCCAGUACUGAAGGUCACUCCAGUGGUGAAGGUCAUUCCUCUGGUGAAGGUCAGUCCUCUGAAGGUCACUCCUCAGCUGAAGGUCACUCCUCAGCUGAAGGUCACUCCUCUGAAGGUCAUUCCUCUGCUGAUCAUGAAGUUCUAUAUUCUGCUGACGGCCAUUUUUCAAACGGCAUGGAGGAAGACGGAGAUGUCUUCUUUGAACUUCUAAAGGAAGACGAAGGUGAGAUGUACUACAGUACCAUUGAGGAGAAAAGUCCGAAGAAUUCCGACUCAAGUCUAGGCAAAGAUGAACACUUAGAUGAUAAGUUUCCAGAGAUGUUUUAUAGCACUGUUGAGGAACAAAUUGACUCUUCUGUCGAAGAUGACGCCUUGCCGUGUUUUCUGGACUUCCCGCCUGUUCCAGACUAUUUGGAGACCACCAUUGAAGAGCCAGCCAUUAUGGACCCUGAUGCACCGGUGGUCCCAGUGUCGUGUGGAUGGAAUGAGAUGUUUCAUAGUGCAAUUGAAGAGCUCAAUGAAACAAGCUCUGCAGUUAUGGCCAAUUCUCCCCGUAGUCCAUCCUUACCAGAAGAUGAUCAGGAUAUCUCUCCUGAUCCUGAUUCCAUGCUCUCAGCCGUGUCAGAUGAAUUGAAGGAUUUAGUUGCUUCUGAUAAUGACCAGGACCUUUCGCCGACAGAUUCCUACUCUGCCAUAUCGGUUUCUCCUGAAGAUUCUGAGAGGCUAAGAUCAGCUGCUGAAUCAGUCUCAGACAAGCUCAAAGAAAUCUUGUCCACUUCGAUCAAUUCUCUUGACUCUGGUCCGUCUGAUCCGGAAUUUUUGCAAAAAUUGGAAGAUGUGCGUAAAACCAGUAGCGAUAUUUCUUUAAAUAGACCUGUGAAAAGGCCAACGACUGUACCGGUGUCACGGAAAUUCAUUGAUACCUUUUAUGGCGUUGUUGAUGGUACAGUGACAUCAUCUGAUAGCGAUGCGAAUCUGUCUUGCCAUGAGGAUAGCCCAACGACUCCUGGAGAAAUUUUAGAUAAGGCUUUUGUGCCAGAAGAGAAAGUGGCGAGGUCUAGUAGUAGUGAACUUGAUGAUGGACACGAAGAUGGUUCACUUGGAGAUAAUGAGGAGGAUAAUGAUAAAAGUAGUUCACCUGAAGCUGAUGAGGUCAAGCUUGGUCAUGAUGAGUUCAAAGUAGUACCUGUGUAUGAUUGGAGCGACUGUCUACCACAAGCUUGGGGUGGGAUACGCGAUCCAUUCCCUGGGAUGGACCGGGCCUCCAUCACACCAGAUGAGGCAAUAAUCCCGAUAUUGGAGCAUGACGUCCUUGGUCAAGAUGGAGAUGAAGAGGAUUUGAUACUUCAUAAUGCCUUCAAAAGCGCCAAUGCGAAUGUAGUUGUUUUGAAGGAACCUCUCCCAAAAGUUGACCAGGAUUCUGUAAAAAAGGAUGCUGACAAGUCAACACCAAAUCAUGCCAAAGUCGGCAUAUUGGAACAAGAUGGUACUCUUGUUGAAUCUGCAGCUGGGGAAGAACUUACACCAGGCACGAGCAUUGAUCUCACAAAUGUUGUGCCAAGGGUUGUGGAAGCUGAAGCUUAUCAGACAGUUCUAGCUAAAGAUACGGUGAUUGAACUCGCAGACGACGUUGGGUCAGGAGAUGAUGAAACAAGGGUUAGUAGCACAGGACCAGAGAGAAGUAACACAGAUAUAGAAAUAUCUGUAAUAGACACUGUUGAACCGUGUUGUAAGGAAGUUCUUCACCAACAAAAAGAUGAAUCCUCUCUUGAAAUGGGAGAUAAUGUUCAUCAAACAGAACUUGAUCCACCCGGUUUUGAGAAAUCUGACAUCGCUUCUUCAGGUUGGGUUGACCUAACUGAAUAUUAUCAAACUAAUCUGACUGGCUCCUCUCUGGAAAGUGAAGUUGAUCUAACAGAAAAUAAAUCCCCUCUUGAAAAGACUGGCAUCGCCUCUUCGGCUUGUGUUGAGCCAACUUACGAUUGUCAAACAGAUCUGACUGGUGGUGAAUCGGAUCUCAAAACAAAAAAUGCUGAUCAAAACAGUUCAGUAUUAGUGGCCAGAACUACUGUUGAACCAGUAUUAGUGGCCUAUGCUGAUGUUGAGCCAGUAUUAGUGGCCAGUGCCAAUGUUGAGCCAGUAUUCGUGGCCAAAACUACUGCCGAACAAUCUUUCCUUGGGGACAACUCAGUCUCAGUUUCUGGCGUUAGAGAAAAUAGUAUUGCAACACAAGCCACUGCAGUUGGUUUUCUAAACAAAGGCUUUGUUGCUAUGCCUGGAAUGUGUCAAGAAAGAACCUGUAUUCAUCAACAUGAGCAUGAUUUCACCGGUCAUGGACCAAAUCAUCAGCAUCUGCCUGAUUCAACGGAUGUUAAGCCAGUGCCCGACUCUUCUGGUCACAGACCAGACCAUCUGAACUUGCCUGAUCCAUGUCGCAUUAGGCCAGUACACAACUCUGAACUUGAUUUGCCUGAUAUUGAAAAGUAUGAAAGAAGCGAUAGUUUGGAAUAUGGUGAUAAAUUUACCAAGGAGGAGGAGUUGAACUUGAAUUUGCGUCUCGAUGACGUGAUUUUGGACUUGGAGGGCGGGAGAUGUGAAUCGGAUUAUGGAGAGUAUGAUAUUUCUCCCGAGGCAGAUAUUGGGGCGAUGGAAUUUGAGGAUGCAGAGUUGGUGAGGGAGCAUGGGAGAGAUAUCUUGGGUGUCGAUGAGCCUGAACUCCACCGGCAUGGGUAUGACCCAAACAGUGGCUGCUCUCUUGAAGGCAAAGGCAUUUCAUUUGAACUUGAUGAUGAGGAUUCUGUUCAAGGUGACGAGUUUGUCGAGGAGACAGAGCAAGGAGAUUUUGUGCGCGGGCUGGAGAAGCCCCAUGGGUCAAAGGUUGAUAGUUGCAAUGUUCUCUUCACUGAUGCGCUAAGCCAGCUAAAGCAGGCAUGUAUUGACGUCUCACCAAUCAGUGAAGGUGAUGCCAGGAUUAUAGACUUGGAUGCUUUAUUUGCUGAUGUUGAAAAAGACGCAGAUUAUGUCCGACAUAAAAAGUCGCGAUUUCAAGAAAAGCGCCCUGUGUCUGAAUAUGAUCUACUCCAUUACCGAAAUGACCCAGAGUACACCCGUGAUAAAUAUGCUCAAUUUCAUGAAAAAACCCGUGAAUAUGCGAAUUAUUGUGAUGAUCUGUCUGUGGAUUAUUCCCAUCAGAAAAACCCCAAGCGCCCUUUGUCACAGUACGACUUGAAACCUGACUUCUACGAUUCAGCGUUGGAUUAUGUCCAGAGGGAAAACUUGAGAAUGUCACAAUCUUGGGGUGAUGAUCAAUUUGAUCUCCAUGGUCGUAAGGGUCGAGAUAUAGACUCGCGAAGGUCGAGUGAUUAUGAUAAUGUUUAUGAGGAGGACCAUUCCCAAAACUAUGAUUUUGGGUGGAAAGAUUAUGUUGUGACGAAUUGUCCAGAACCAGAGCGCACGGUAGAGGAUUCAAAUUCGAGUGCACAAGCUGUGCGUAGGAACAAAACUGAACAUAAACCGAGAAACGAACGGUACAAGCUCUCUGCUAAAUCGGCAGAAAGGGAUACCGAGAUCGCAUUGGAGAUGGUUAAACUAUCAUUAUGGAAGCGACAUGAUGUCAGGAGGUCAUUGGAAAUUGUUGACGACGUUUUAUAUUCGUCGAGCGAUGACAGUAGCUCAGAGGAGACUGUGGAUGGAGACUGGGAGACAGUAUCAUCAUCUCUUGAUUCUGAGUCUGAGCCCCCUAAACACAGUGAGAGCACACAUUAUGAUGAUGAAGAGGAAGAGAUCCUUGGUUCUGAUGAUGACGAGCAGGAGGAUCCCAAAGACUACUGUAAAGGCGGGUACCAUCCAGUGAAGAUUGGAGCAUUAUUCAACAACAGAUAUCAUGUAGUAAGAAAGCUAGGAUGGGGACACUUCUCUACAGUCUGGUUAUGUUGGGACCUUCAAGCCAAAAGAUUUGUGGCAUUGAAGGUCGUUAAAAGUGCCCAACAUUACACAGAAACCGCUUUAGAUGAAAUCAAGUUACUUAGAUGUGUUCGAGAGAGUGACGCGGAGGACCCUCAUCGAGAGAAGACCGUGCAACUCUUAGACGAUUUCAAGAUUUCCGGCAUCAAUGGACUUCAUGUAUGCAUGGUGUUUGAAGUGUUAGGUAAUAAUUUACUCAAGUUGAUCAUUCGGUCCAAUUAUCAAGGCAUCCCUAUCAAGAAUGUCAAGUCAAUCAUCAGACAGGUCCUGGAGGGACUGGCGUACCUGCACACAAAAUGCAAGAUCAUCCACACGGAUAUCAAACCAGAGAAUAUCUUGAUGUGCGUUGAUGAGAACCAUGUUCGGAAGCUGGCCAAUGAUGCUGUUGAGUGGCAGAAGAUGGGCAUGAAACUUCCAGGAUCUGCAGUGAGUACCGCGCCAAAAGAGAAGCCUCCAGAUCCUUCCAAAAUGUCCAAGAACAAGAAGAAGAAGUUAAAGAAGAAGAUGAAGCGUCAACAGGAGCUGCUGGAGAAGCAGGUGCAAGAUCUACAGGAGCUGGAGCGUGAGGAACAAGAAAAGGUUGGUGAUGAUGAUGCACUCAAGCGCAUGAGCCAGUCGGGUAGUGAGGGUCAAUUAAACCAAGGGAAUGAUGAUGAGGAGGAGGAGUGCAGUGCCAGCGAGGCCGGCACGCCCAGCGUCGAGAAUAAACCAGUCAAUAACAGGCAGCAGGAGAAUGAGGAGGAACACAAUAGUAAUCAGCUUGAAGAUCAAAAUGAGACGGAAGACGACCCAGAGAAGACAGACAAACGAAACGAGACCAACGCCGCGAAAACUGCCGAGAACGCGAGUGGUGAAAUAAAAGACUUUGUUAAAAAUAACUCGUCACUCAUUGACGCUUCUGAGGAUGCUCAAGAGGAGGCGCUGUGUAACGGUCACGAUGAAUCUCAGGGUGAUAACCAGGAGAAGGAGUGUGAGAUGGACGAGGGAUCAAAGGAGGCACCACCACCACAUGAAGACGGCGACAAGUCUGAAGACUCCCCGGAUUCACCUGAAGCUGAGGAGAAGCGAGUGAACCCUUUGACUGGUGAUGAUAUGAUCGUGAAGAUUGCAGACUUGGGCAAUGCUUGCUGGACGCAUCACCAUUUCACUGAAGACAUCCAGACACGCCAGUACCGUUGUCUGGAGGUUCUUAUUGGUGCUGGCUAUGGCCCACCGGCCGAUAUAUGGAGCACAGCUUGUAUGGCAUUUGAACUCGCGACGGGUGAUUACCUAUUUGAGCCUCAUUCUGGCGAGGAUUACAGUCGUGAUGAGGACCAUUUAGCUCAUAUUAUCGAAUUAAUGGGACCCAUCCCGAAACACAUUGCCAUGUCGGGGAAAUAUUAUAGAGAAUUCUUCAACAAACGAGGUGAGCUGCGGCGCAUCACCAAGCUGAAGCCGUGGGAUAUGAUGUCGGUCCUCUGCGAGAAGUACGAAUGGCCGACAGAAAAAGCCCAGUCGUUCGCAGACUUUCUUGAGCCUAUGUUGUGCUUCGAUCCCGCCAAGCGAGCCACUGCUGAGGACUGCCUCCACCACCCGUGGUUGAGCUCAUAACCACCAUCGAACAUGGAGGAUUCGAAUACACUUUGGCAUUUCGUUUAGCGGGACACUUUUGACAUUUGUGACUUUUCGCGAAUUUGCAACAGAAAAAUUUGGUUGAAAUUUUUUGUGGAAUUUGACAUUAGUUUCUCCAGGAAGACCCAUUGUGAAGUGUUUCUACGAUAAAUGCAUUUGUAGUCUAAGCGAGGACAAUAUUUUGGAAAUAAUGGAAGGAAUAUCAUGGAAUAUUUCUGAUGGGGAGCUUACUUUUUGUGGCAGAUUUGAGAAAAGUCUUACUUUUGUUCAUAUGAUAUGAAUGAUUAUGUUGUAAAUGGUUGAAUAAUGAGGCAUUUUACGGGGAUUUGUGUAACGACAUGUGUUCGUUCAUCUUGCCAGGUGUUUUAACGCUGGUUGUACGAACACUAACAAAUGAUUCUUCAUCGAUACUGACAACCCAUUAGCACCAAUAUUGUACAAUCUUUAUUUUCAAUUCAUUAGCUGUCUUUUCGCUCAUUUUUGGCUUGAAGUUCAAAACACCAUUGAAAGACUAUUGGUCGAGAAAUCGAGUUUGCUUUUUGGUGAAAUUUUGCAGCACGAAAAUAAAGUGUGUACAGUAAACUGUGUCUUUUGUUCAUUUGACAGAAAGGGGGGGUCGUUACAACCUUGAUCUCUGCUUGGACGUCAGCCAUGGCGGUACGCUGUAGCUUACUGGCAGAGGGGAACACUCUGAAUGCUGGUUACCCCUCGUGGCUCUCUCAAUACUGCAUAUGAUAUGCACAUGCAUGUCUUUGUCUAAAUAUCAGUCUUGGUUCAUCUUUGCAUGCAUACUUAACCGAAGUGUCACUAUUUCAUCAUCUGUAUAUUGAGUUACAACAUUUCCAAGAAACAGUUACCAAAAUUAUGAUUUUGAUUGCGUAAUGUUGUCAUAUUUUCAUAAUGUAUCAAUGUCAUCAUCUCAUUUAAGUCACAUGUAGCAUUUAUAUAUAAACACCACCAUUAUCUAUGUCACAUGUCAAUCAUGUGACCAGUUAGAUCUGGCUUUAUUAUAUAUUACCACAUGUUUAUUCAUUGGACACCAUUCGCUUCUUAGGGACCCAGACACAGGCAAAUGGACGAACGUUGGUUCUGUGAUGGCAGGACAUUCAAUGUCCACUGAAUUUGUUUUCUGCUUAAGUGGAAUAAAUUCAAUGUUUCUCCAAGAUACUCCUUUGAGGCCUUUGAAUCAAACCAGGUCAACAGGGGUCGGGCACCAUAUGUCCACCUGUUGCAUGGGAGUACACGUGUCACCAAGCUAUGGCCAAGAGAUACUUACUCAUGCAAAGGUGUAACUAAUUAUGUUCUAACUUCUGGUGACCACCGUUCUGAUUCAAAGUCCUCAAAGGAGUUUUGAACGGUUAACAAUAUUGAGGCUUCACGUUAUUAGAGAAAUGGUGAGCACAUUUUCUUGAGUAGUUAUAAGUGCGCGAUGAUUAAUAUUUGUGAGGAGUUGGUCACUUCGCAUUCCAUUUGAAGGAGUUGACCUUGACCUUUGAUGCACAGUUGAUCAUGACCUUGACCCAGUUGUGUGAUCUUUGACCCUGUGAGUUAUGCUUGUCCUAUGAAGGUAUUUCUCUAGAUGGCCGUGCUCUCUACGUAGUCGGUACAUCGUCUCCUGUUGCUUUUGGCUGAACUUGGGCCUUCUGUCAGUCGGCGGUUUGUAAUUAUUGUGUUCCUCUCUCCAUUCUUUAGUCAUAAUGAUAAGCUUGUCAAUUUAGUACCGACUAUAGGUUCUUUGUGCUAAUUGGUAAACAGGUAGGUAAAGUGGUACAAUUAUAGCCGAUGUGCAUUAAGGUGCACUGCUGACUGUUUUCUACAGUGUAGGGGUGUAAUUGUGCUACUUUACCUUACCUGGAGCAAAAAUUAAAAUAUGCUGAAUCAAAUGUUAAAAUUGUAAAUUGUAAAAAAACAAGUGAGUAAAACGUGGAAUACUAAAUCUUCGCUGAUACGUGUUACAACGAAUCCUGAUUGGUUGAUUAUGUCGGCUACCCAGCUUCAUGUGCAGCGCACGUAAUCCGCUCUUGAAGGAAGGUGUUCGCCCGUACCUUGGGGCCUAUGGCCUAGUGAGUGUAGACUCUUCCCAAGUCUGGACUAUAGCAAGUGUGGUUGAAUUUGUGUUGGCAGUAACUUUGGAAUUACGUCCCAAUGCUGCUGCUGUGAAAGAAAUGAUAUUUAGUAAAGGAGACAGUGCAUAGUUGAACCUUUGUUUCUGACGCAGAUUGAGCAACUGGGCCCAGGUUGAUAAAAUGUCACAAGUUGUUUAGUCAGCAGAUGAUGACCGCGUUCAUGUUAGUUUCUUUUGUAUUCAGUUUUUGGAUUUGCCAUUUCUGUCGCUUUGUAUGUGUGUAAGCUUCCUAUCCUUAACUUGUUGAAAUGGACAAUUAGAAACCAAUUUGAUUGACAGCUGCCAUACUGUUACCUUUCCCAGCUGUAACCCCUCUUGGGAAAGUAUAAGGCUUGCAGAAAGCAUGUGGUUCACAUGUAUGGGUCGUACCAUUUCAGCAACUUGGGGAUGUUAGGUGGAAGAUGUAUAGGAAGAAUGGCCCAAACCGAUCAAGAAUUGAAGCAAUGGUGUUAAUAAUUUACAAUCAAAUUUUGUGUACAAUCUUGAUGCUUUCAUAGAAAAUAAAGCAUUUUGUUUGCUGA